AUGGUGAAAAACGCAGAACUAUGGGAGUUGGCACGAAAAAUUGAAUCCUUCGUCGGGUUUACUGAAGAUGUUCUGGCAGACCCUACGUUUGUGGAUUUAUUCACACAAAUCAUUGAGUUGAGAGUGGACGCUGAGAAAGUUCAGGGAGAAAUUGGUGGAUAUCGACAAAAUGUUGAUAACCACAUCACUGGAAUCUUGGACUUUCGUGCUACAACUACACAAAAACUAGAGGGACUGCAGAAGGAAAAUGAGAACCUUCGUGCAGAACUCGUCGUUUUGUGUCGGGUUGUGGCUGCGUUGAGUUCGACUCGUGUUGAAUCCUCUAAGGUUAAGAUUCCAGAUCCUAAAGCCUUCAGUGGCGCAAGGAGUUCUAAAGAACUUGAAAAUUUCAUAUGGGACAUGGAACAGUACUUUACCGCUGUAAGGGUGCCGGACGCUGAUAAGUUAAACAUUACCACAAUGUACUUGUCGGGUGAUGCGAAACUUUGGUGGAGGACUCGUAAUGCAGACGACGUAAGUGCUGGUCGUCCUAGAAUUGAUACAUGGGAUAAGCUUAUAAAAGAAAUGCGCGAUCAAUUUCUUCCUAGCAAUGCAUCUUGGCUUGCAAGGGAUAAAUUGAAAAGGUUAAGGCAGACGGGUUCAGUGAGGGAAUAUAUAAAAGAAUUUACCUCUGUGAUGUUAGACAUACAAAAUAUGUCUGAUGAGGAUAAACUUCACAAUUUCAUUUCGGGCAUGCAAGGCUGGGCUCAAAACGAACUACGAAGACAGAAUGUUAAAGAUCUGCCUGGGGCAAUUGCUGCUGCUGAUUCGUUGGUAGAUUUCCGGACGACUCGUCCUUCGACAGAUGUCCCUUCUACUUCGAAAAAUAAGAAAAAGAAUGAAAAGAAAGGGGAAUGGAGAAAGGAUAGUCAUAAAGAGAAUGCAAACGAUAAAGGAAAGGCACAAAUGAAGGAUGGGAAAGACAGACCCAAGAGUAAAGAUGGAAACUCUAAAGGCUGUUGGACUUGUGGUGGUCCUUAUUUGGCCAAAUCUUGUCCAAACCGGGAAAAAGUGAAUGCUUUGCUUGCUGGUAAUGUGAAUCAAAGGGAGGAGGAUGAAGAAAUCGUGGCUGCAAUGGCAAACCCAUUGGGAUUGUCCUUCAAUCACUUUAUGGGGAUCAAUAAUGUUGGAGAGAUCUCUAGCACUUCGAAUCCUCAUGCUUCCUUAAUUCAUAUAGAAAUGAAAGUGAAGGAACAAUGUGUGAUGGCAAUGGUUGAUACAGGAGCCAUACACACGUUUGUAGAUGUGAAGAUUGCUACAAAAUUGGGGCUGAAGUUGUCUAAAAGCCCUUCCUACGUCAAGACAGUCAAUGCUAAGGCACAAGCCAUUGUGGGCAUGGCUUAUGGUGUGUCUAUGUCAACUGGAAGUUGGGUGGGAAAACAUAAUUUUAUGGUGAUGCCGCUUGGAGACUUUGAAAUUAUACUUGGGAUUGAUUCCCUAAGAAAAUACCAGUUUGUUCCGUUUCCUCACUUAGAUGGAGUGAUGGUAAUGAGUGGAAGUGAUGCUGGUUUUCUGAAGGGUGUUCAUCCGUUUGGAAACAUUAAUAAAGUUGCGAAGAAGAAAGACAAGGAAAUGUUGUUGUCUGCUAUGUCGAUCGACAAAGGGAUGAAGAAGGGUAAUGAAACCAUACUUGCUGCCUUGGUCGAAAUUAAACCUGAUGUGAAGAUGGAAGUGCCUGAUUGUGUCGCUGAAUUACUUAAACAGUAUGCUGAUGUUAUGCCACCUGAAUUACAAAAGAAAUUACCACCAAGGAGGGAUAUCGAUCACAAGAUUGAGUUGCUGCCUGGUACGGUUGCCCCUGCACAAGCUCCUUAUCGUAUGGCUCCUAAAGAAUUGGUUGAACUACGCAAACAAUUGAAUGAAUUGCUAGAUGCUGGAUUGAUUCAGCCGUUUAAGGCUCCAUAUGGUGCUCCUGUUCUAUUCCAAAAGAAACAAGAUGGAACAAUGAGAAUGUGUGUGGACUACCGGGCGCUGAAUAAGGCAACUAUAAAGAACAAAUAUCCGGUUCCGUUGGUGCAAGAUUUAAUGGACAGGUUAAGCAAGGCAUGCUGGUUCACAAAACUUGAUUUGAGGGUAGGCUAUUGGCAG